AUGGAGAUCACUGUAAAGAUACUGCAGGGCGAGGAGUGCCAGGUCGAGGUCUCACAGGAUACAACGAUAUCCAUGCUGAAGACGCUGGUGGAGUCGAAGCUCCGGGUGCCCAAGCAGACGCAGAAGCUGGUAUACCGUGGCAAGACGCUACAGGACGACGAGACUGUGACGUCGUCGCGCCUCACGCCCGGCGCCAAGGUGUUCCUGGUGACGAUGAAGACGACGGCUUCGGCACCUCCGACCGACCCGUGGGCGCCGCUCCAGAGCCUGGCCGAGCGUCACCUGGGCAAGGAGGACGCACCCCGGCUGCUCGCCGAGUUCAAGAAGAAGUUCGAGCUCCGACUUAGCGCCAUGAGCAUGGACGAUAUCCAGCGCUUCUGCGCCUCGGACAUGAAGGAGUUUUGA